UAUACUUUAAACACGAAUUAUACUGGGCUAUUUGCUAGUGAUAUGACGUACAUGGCGAAAUAUUAACCGUCAUUCACAGGUCCUGGAUAUGGAAAUAUAAUAUUAGCUUGGGCAAAUAGCUAUACCUGGCUAUCUGAUAGCGAUCUGAUGCAGAUGGCAAUAGAUCAACCGUCAUUCACAAGCCGGGAAUCUGAGGAUAUAAUUUUUAAUGAGGGUAAAUGCCAUUAUCCGACGGGCUAGAAGUCACCAUGUUAAAAGUGGCCCGUAAAAAAUGUACCUAGUAUGCGAAGAAACAUAAUUACCCAUUUUUUUAAUGCCGCCUGGGAUAAAUUUCCGCGACAAAACGUUUUCUUUCAUUUUCGCCCCUUUUCUACAUUCCGUCUGUCACAGUGAAACUGAGUGGCGCAAAAUUAAUUCUCUCCUCAAAUUAAAAUUUUCCUCUGAUCAUCAUUUACUGAUAGGAACUUAGGGUUUUCUGCGAAGCUCCAACCAUCCAUUGCGAAUUCGGUAUAUCUCCUUCUUCUGCUACUGUUUAUGGUAUGUUAUAAGUCUUCAAAUUAGGUUAAUCUUACUGUGUUUCAGCCUAACUUUCUUUUUUUCUAUCAAAUUAGGUCAAAAUCAAUUACUAAUUUAGGGUUCAUGAAUGGAUAAUAAUACUGAAGAUUAGUAUGAUUUGAUAAAUUUAUUUAGCAUAAAAAUGGAAUCACAUAGUGAGAGAGAUACGGUGGUUGGAGUAGAUGAUAUAAACCAUAGAGGGAAACAGAUUUGUGUGAUACCUGAUGGUGCCGAUUCGGUGGAGCCACCCAAGUACGUCAAGUUAUUCGAUAAUUCCGAGCCGAGAUGUAGUAAUAAUAGUCCUAGUGUUGAUGCUAUUGAUAUGGUUGAAGAGUUGAUAUAUAAGAAUUACAGGAAUUUGAAUUUGUCUUUAGAUGGAAAUAGUUUGGGUAGUAAUGUGGAAGCAGGAGGAGGGGAACGAGGAGGAGGACAUAUUGCUGCUGUUUCGAGGAAAGAGAGUGGGGAAUCUGUCCGAAGGGGUAAGCAGCCGUUUACUUCAGCUGGUGGUGGAGAGGAUAUGAGAAAUAUAUCUCGUGUGGGAAAUUUGGUACAGGGGGAGGCUAAGAAUAAAGCGAAGGUUAGUAUUGAUGUGUCCAAGAAUGUGACUAGGACUUAUGAUAAUGUUAUAUCAAAUGAUUCUAUAUCGUCUUCGGGAGGGUUGAGGACCAAGGUUCUGGCAUCUGGAUUUUCGAGUUUUCUUGUUAAGAGUAGUUUGAAAGGGAAGGGAGCUGUGUGCACGUAUCCAGAAGGUGUUGAUGGGUUUGGUGUUUCCAAAACGAGUCAGAAUAAGAAGAAGAGUUGGGGAGUUGAUAGUGUAGUUUUAGAUGCUUCGUCGGAUGUCAGUGUCAAAGCUGAAAACCCAUCACGGCAAAGUGUUUCUGGUGUCGAGCGUAAGAGGUUAGAUGAUGGAAUUAACUCCAGAGAGUGGAUGAAACCAGCUUUUCGUAGGGGUGUUGAAGAUGUAGUUUUAGAUGCUCCGUUGGAUGCAAGUGGUCAAUUUGAAAACCCGUCACGGCAAAGUGGUUCUGGUGUCCAGCGUAAGAGGUUGGGUGAUGGAAUUACCUCAAGAGAGUGGAUGAAACCAGGUUUUUGUAGGGGUGUUGACGAUGUAGUUUUAGAUGCUCCGUUGGAUGCAAGUGUGAAAGCUGAAAACCCAUCACGGCAAAGUGUUUCUAGAGUUCAGCGAAAGAGGUUAGAUGAUGGAAUUACCUUAAGAGAGUGGAUGAAACCAGGGUUGCGUAAAUUGGAUAAAGCUGAGAGGCUGGAUAUUUUUAUGCAAAUUGUACAGCUUGUUGAUCUUGCACACUCCAAACAGAUUGUAUUGCGAGACUUACGUCCGUCUUGUUUAAAGUUGUUGCCAUCAAAUCGAGUCAAAUAUGUUGGCACAUUGGCACGGAAUGCAUUGUCAGAGAGCAUGCCUGAUUUAGAUGUUCCCUUCUCAAAGAGGCAGUUGAGUGCCGAUAAGGACGUGGGAUCAAGUGAGCAUGCCCUCCAUACUGUUACAACAAAGCAUCGAAAACUCAAUGAGAACAUAGCAUCUACUCGGCAGCAGUUCGGGUUUUUACCUAAACCUGACUACAAGCACAAUACAGUUGAUAUCAGCAGCACUCAGACGCAUUAUUCUGGUUAUUCAGAAGACAGACCUCGGAAAAGGUCCAGCAACGGCAUAAUACCUAAUAGCAAUUGGCCACAGUUGGUCUCUGUAAAUUCUCAGUCCGAAGAGAGGUGGUAUACUAGCCCAGAGGAGCUUCAAGGAAUGCGAACCACAUUGUUCUCAAAUAUCUACUCUCUUGGGAUUCUUCUCUUUGAGCUGCUUUCCCAUUCUGAGUCAUCGGAACUGCAUACCGAAGCAAUGUUAAAGAUUCAGCAUCGAAUUCUUCCUCCAGAUUUUCUGUCAGAAAACCCAAAAGAAGCUGGUUUUUGUCUCUGGCUUCUUCAUCCAGAGCCCUCAUCACGGCCCACAACAAGGGCAAUCCUGCAAUCUGAACUUAUGGGCGAAUCUCAAGAGUUGACAUCUGAGGAUGGGUACCGGUCUGUUCAAGAAGAUUUUGCUGAAUCAGAGCUGCUGCUGCAAUUUCUAACAUCUUUGAAGGAACAAAAAGACCAAAAGGCCUCUAAAUUAGUUGAAGACAUCAGCAGCUUAGAAACAGAUAUCAAGGAAAUUGAGAAAAGACGCUCAAUAGAAACAAGGAGUAUUCGUUCUUUGGAACAUAAGAAUACAAGAGAACAAGACCUCCUUCCCAAAGAACCUCUAAGGUUAGACACAUGCGAUAAGGUUUCACCUUCGUUAAAUGUGAAUGAUGAUAGGUUGAUGAGGAAUAUGAGCCAGCUUGAAAAUGCUUACUUCUCCAUGAGAUCCCAACUCUUGCUUCCAGAUGCUUCUGCCACUGGUCGUUUGGACACUGAUUUCCUUAACAGGCGGGAUAAAUGGUCACAUGUACAAAAUGGGAAUACACCACGUGUUGUGAACCAGAAACCUGCAGAUCGCGUGGGUGCCUUUUUUGAUGGUCUAUGCAAGUAUACUCGCUAUAAAAAGUUUGAAGUGCGUGGGACAUUAAGAAAUGGGGAUCUUCUCAGUUCUGCGAAUGUAAUUUGUUCAUUGAGUUUUGACCGAGAUGAGGAGUACUUUGCUGCUGCAGGAGUAUCAAAGAAAAUUAAAAUCUUUGAUUUCAACGGAUUGUUGGAUGAUUCUGUUGAUAUUCAGUAUCCAGUGGCUGAGAUGUCCAGCAAAUGUAAGCUCAGUUGCGUUUGCUGGAAUAGUUACAUAAAGAAUUAUUUGGCUUCAACUGAUUAUGAUGGUGCUGUACAGCUCUGGGAUGCAAGCACUGGUCAGGGAUUUGCUCGAUACAAAGAACAUGAGACGAGAAUUUGGUCCGUCGAUUUUUCUCAAAUGGAUCCCAUGAAGUUAGCCAGUGGAAGUGAUGAUUGUUGUGUGAAAUUAUGGAGCCUUAAUGAGAGAAAGUCUACCUGCACAAUACGCAGUGCCGCAAAUGUUUGCUGUGUUCAGUUCUCUCCUUAUACCCCGCAUUUGAUGGCAUUUGGGUCUGCAGAUCAUAAGAUGCACUGCUAUGAUCUUCGAAAUACAAGGAUCCCUUGGUGCUCAUUGGCAGGGCACGGGAAAGCUGUUAGCUAUGUGAAGUUCUUGGACCAUGAAACCCUUGUUUCUGCAUCCACGGACAAUACGCUAAAGCUUUGGGAUCUCAACCAAACGGUUUUUGGUUCAUUGUCUACUAAUGCUUGCGGCUUAACCUUUAAAGGUCAUACUAAUGAAAAGAACUUUGUGGGCUUGGCCGUCUCAGAUGGAUAUAUUGCUUGCGGUUCAGAAACAAAUGAGAUUUAUUCUUACUAUAGAUCUCUCCCUAUGCCAAUCACUUCUCAUCAGUUUGGUUCUAUUGAUCCCAUUUCUGGACAAGAGUCCCGCGACGACAAUGGACAGUUUGUUUCAAGUGUUUGCUGGAGAAGGAAAUCAAAUAUGUUCAUGGCUGCUAACUCCACCGGUACUAUAAAGGUGUUACAAAUGGUGUAAGGAAAGGUUUUCUCUAUAUCGAAAAGCUUGUGGUGCCACAAGCUCACAGAGCUUAAAAUUUAGAGGAUGAUGCUUAAGAAUUUGAGGAAGCUUAAGCUAUUGAGACAUGGUGAAUCUCUUGUGUGGAAGACGAUCAAGAUCCUAGUCUCACGUAGAGUAAAUGUUCGUGCAUGAUUUUGAUAACAAAUGCUGACUUUUUCAUCCUACCAUCGCGCGUCUGCAGCAACCACCUUAAACAAGAAAUCAACGUGUGCGGGUGGGUCGCCUUAAACACAUGAGAUUAGAUCAAUGCUAAUCUACCGUCGGGUCGCCUUAAACGUAUGCGGGUUUAUGUAAGAUUUGAUCAAUGCUCUCAAGCUGCACAAAUGCUCAAGUGAAUGCCUGAAUGGCGAAGGCUUCUAAAAGGUACCCUGAGCCAGACAGUUUCACGACAAGCACAAAUUUUGAAGGGUAUGUGGUUAGUUUUCUGAGUUUUGUCCAUAGGUUUGUACAUCUCUAGAUCAACAACAUUUGUAUUACUUUCUUGGUGGAAGGAAAUGCAAAAAGGAAAGUGUGGUUACAUUAGGUGUGUGUAAAUUAACUUCAGUUAUAAUGCAAAAAUAUCAUCAAUACAUUUGAUUUUGUACAUUUUUCAGUA